UCAUAGCAAUGUAAACUUGUUUUUGCUAUUAAAGAGAAAUUACUAAUAAUGUGCAAAAGUCAUGGCUUUGGAUGAGUUGCGAUCAUACCAUAUAAUAUUAUAUGUAUAAUAUGCGCAAUAUGUCAUUUUCCUUUUCUAGUUUUUCUUGUGAAGAUUCGCGCAUCAGCCCGAGUCACGGCUCACCGAGUCAACCCUGCUAUGUCAAAAAAGAAAAUUACACCCCUGCGCACUAUAGCAAUUUGCUUGUUCUCCUCUUCCGCAAGUUCUCUCUGUCUGUUUUCCUCCUUUAAACCCUGCCUAAACCCUUCUCUCCCUCCCCUCGUCUUCCUCUUCUUCUCCUGUGAGAUCGCGUCAUGUCGAAGACGCUGAGUCUGAUACGAAACAAUGCGUCGAAUCCGAAGGUGUGGUUGGUGAUCGGCGUGACGGUGGCCGGAAUCGUGAUCCUGGCGGAGACCCGGAGGCGGCGGAUCAAAACCCUCAGGCUCGAUGACUUCGGCGCUUUCUUGGAUCGCUUUGAGCUUCUUCCUUUUCCUCCGCCGCCUCCCCCCGCUGCCAAACAACCUCUCUCCGGCCUCACCUUCUCCGUCGCCGACGCAUUUGAUGUUAAGGAUUACAUCACAGGGUUUGGUAAUCCACAAUGGAAGAAGACUCACGGGCCUGCUGAGAAAACUGCGGUCGUGGUGACUGCGCUCUUGAAAACUGGAGCUACAUGUGUUGGGAAGACGAUUAUGGAUGAAAUGGGUUUUGGGAUUACCGGAGAGAACAAGCACUAUGGAACCCCUGUUAAUCCAAAGAUGCCAUCUCAUGUUCCGGGAGGUUGUUCUAGUGGAGCAGCAGUUUCUGUAGCGGCUGAACUCGUCGACUUUGCUCUUGGAAUUGAUACUACUGGUGGUGUUAGAAUUCCGGCUUCAUUUUGUGGUAUUCUUGGCUUCCGGCCAUCUCAGGGGACCGUUUCCUCCGUUGGAGUUUUGCCCAAUUCCCAAAGCCUAGAAACUGUCGGAUGGUUUGCCCGUGAUCCUUCUGUUUUGUGCCAAGUUGGGCAUGCAUUACUUAGUCUAAACGCAGUUCCGAAUAGAAGACAAAGAUGUUUUAUUUUCGCCGAUGAUUUAUUUGAGCUUUCUUACAUCCCUAAGCAGAAGACGGUGCAUGUUAUCAGAAAGGGAAUCGAAAAUCUCUCGGGAUAUCAGAGUCCAAAACAUAUGAAUUUGGGUCAGCAUGUUGCUUCAAACAUUCCUAGUCUGAAAGGUUUCUGUGAGCAAUCUGUGAAUUUACAAAAUUCAGCAUCAACUUUGAAAGUUCUGUCAUCUGUGAUGUUAUCAAUACAGAGACAUGAGUUCAGAACAAAUCAUGAAGAGUGGUUUCAAUCAUGCAAGUCCUAUCUAGGACCAAAAGUGUCCAGUCAGGUUCUUGAAGCUCUAAAGAGCAGAAAUGAGAACAUCAAAUCUCUCUACAAAGUUAAGACUGAGAUGCGAGCCGCCAUUCAAAACCUUCUAAAGGAUGAUGGAGUUCUAGUGAUUCCCACAGUCGCUGAUGCCUCACCCAAACUUAAAACAAAUAAGAAGAACUCCUUGAAUGAGUUUCUUGAUCGGACCUAUGCACUCUCCAGCAUUGCUAGCAUGUCUGGGUGCUGUCAGGUUACCAUUCCAUUAGGAAACCAUGGUGAUCAUCCAAUCUCUGUAUCGUUUCUCACAUACCAUGGAGGAGAUAAAUUUCUUCUCGAUACGGUGUUGGAUGUAUACGCAUCUCUCCAAGACCAAGCCAGGAUCAUGUCCACUUUAGCACCCAUUUCAGACUCAAAUGGUAGUUUGGAGGCUUCUGAACUUUUGAAGGAAAAGGGCAAUGCAGCAUUCAAGAUGCGACAAUGGAAUAAGGCAGUAAAGUUUUACACUGAAGCUAUCAAAUUGAACGGAGCAAAUGCAACAUACUUUUGCAAUAGAGCUGCGGCAUAUUUGGAACUCGGCUGCUUCCAACAAGCUGAAGAAGAUUGUACCAAUGCUAUUUUGCUUGAUAAAAAGAAUGUGAAGGCAUAUUUGAGACGAGGUACCGCUAGAGAAUCGCUUAUACGCUAUAAGGAGGCUGCUGCAGAUUUCAAGCAUGCUCUGGUCCUUGAACCCCAAAACAAGACAGCCAAGGAUGCUGAGAAACGCCUCCGGAGACUUUUGAGUUAGAAGAAGAUGAUCAUUCUCCUCCUCUUCUUCUUACCCGAUGUGGCUUUGCUCCAAGACACAACCUCCUCUCUCUACUCUCAAUUCCAAAAAACACUGGGAGAAGCUUUAGAAUGUGAGGGUGAGUUUUUUUAAAUUAUUUUGAUCGUUUUGAUUAGAAAAUAAGUUUUUGGACACUGUCUUCUCUACCUUGUUGUUGUUGUUUAAUAUUGUUCACAUCUUUGGGGGAUUCAAAGUUACCAUUUUUGUUUUUUGGGUUUGUCUGUUGAAAACUAGUAUUGGGUGUAAGAUAAAUUCAAGACUGUUCUUGUGUGCCUUCCCUUGUAUAACCAAUUAUACAUUUUUAUAUA